CUAGUUGGAUAAAGGAUGAGGCUGCUCCCCAAAGGGCUCAAAACUAGAGACAAAGACGGGAAAAAUGAGAGAGAGAGAGAGAGGGAAGGAAGUCAAAGUUCGAAAGGAAAAAUGCAGUGCAUCAGUGCAUGUAACGUCUCGGAGAUCAGAGAGAGAAAGAAGGAGAAAGAAAACGAAUGGUUGGAGGGCAGACCCAGUGGCAGUGGGUGCGUGGAGUGGGGGGUACCCUCUUCUUUCUUCCUCUUCACUGUCCUCUUACAGACAUGGCGAUUAUCAUAAAAACUCGGAGCUUGUUCAACUUUAUCCAUCCAAAAAUGGGCAAAAUCUGUAUUUUCUAUUCCUCCACCCACAAACCUAGUGCCCCUCUGUGUCAUUUUGCCUCAGAUUCGUGUACCCACAAAGCAUUCGCCAUUGUAACUCAUCCCCAUUUUGUCAUUGCCCUCUACGUGUUUGAUGAAUGUCCCCUUUGAAGGUUUUGCUCCUGUUAGUGCAAUGUGUUGCCUAUUCAACCCCCUCUUUUGCCUCCUCCUUGUUCAAAUCCCUUUUGGAAGCUACCAAAUUCUAACCUCCACUUUUCAGACUAUCUCUGUGGGUAAUGGAGGAAAUGGGUCAUUGGGUCACUGAUUCUCUCCCUAGCUUUGCUAAAAAUCUUCAUGUCUUGCUGGUGGAUCAUGAUCCUUUCUCUCUCAAGCACUUGGCUUCAUUGCUUGAGCAACAGUCAUACAAUGUUACCACCACUCAACUAGCAUCUAUUGCUCUAUCAAUGAUUCAGGAAAAAGGUGACCGGUUCGACCUUGUCAUGGCUAACGUUAGCAUGCCUGAUAUGGACAGUUUUUCGUUUUUGCACGUGCUCCUUAAGAUGAAUAUUGCUGUCAUUUUUAUGUCCUCGGGGAUGAACUUGAGUGUGGCCACGAAAGCAUUGGCAGAAGGAGCAUGCUAUUUUCUUCAGAAACCUAUUUCCAAGGGUGAUCUCAAAUAUAUGUGGCAACACGUGUAUCGAUGGAACAGAAACAUAACCAAACAAACCUAUAAAGCAAAUUGUAUAGAAACGGCAAAACCUAGAAAAGAAUCUGUUGGUAUCCAAAUUACGGACGCUGUAGUUUUGUCGCGGUCUGCCGCUGCAGUUAGUUAUAACAAUAAUUGUUGCAUUAAUUAUAAACCUAUGAAAAAUAAGGAAAAGGAUAAGAGUGAGCAAAUUGUAUCACAUGAUAGCCUGGUUGGAUCUUUCUUUGGGGGAAAGAGAUUAAGUGCUGACAUAGAAGGAUUAAACUUGGAAAAGAGAGUUAAAUAUUACUCAGAACCUACCAAGUUUGGAUUUUCAAGAAUUGAUGAGGAUCAUGAAAGAAGGAAGGAAUGUUAUAUUGCCAGUGAUAGCAGAACACGUGUCGUUUGGAACGCGGAAAGACGUCGGAAGUUCACAGAUGCCCUUAACAAGCUAGGUGAUAAAUCUCGCCCAAAACUUAUACUGAAGAUGAUGAACGAGCCAUGUUUGACCCUGCGCCAGGUUGCAAACCACCUACAGAAAUACAAAGCUCAAGUAGAAUGCUUCAAAAGAAGAGAAAGUAAAUUACCUUAUAGGAGGGAGGCAUCCAAAUCCAAUUUCUCAAUCAGGACUCAACUUCCUCCACUGGUGCAGCAGCAUCAUGAGACGAGUAGAUUUACAAAUGGAGGUUUGACCUCUAUUUUCGGGGGUGAAAGAUUCCAACUCAUUGCACCUAAAAGUCUGCUUAGUCCUAGACUGCCUGCCAACAACUUCAUAAAUCAUGAUCUGACAACGCUUAGCCAUAAUUUUCAGCACAUCGGUUCAAACUAUGAUUCAGUUUCAUAUAAGGUCAGUAAGGAAGUUGGAUUAUGCCCUGAUAAUGUUCAAUCAUUUCAAAAGGAAGGGGGUGCUUUCCGCACUGACAAUUGUGGAAAGUUUGCUCUGAUUGGAGGGGGUGUUCAGACAACUGAGUUGAACUUCUCAAGUGUCUCUAAAAUGACUCCAGAGUUAGCUUCGUCUCACGUAUUUGAUGAAACUCAAUUCCCAGACAAUCUUCUCGAUGGUGUAGUUCAGGAGGUAGAUUUGACUGCUUUUAAAAUUGAAAACCAAGAAGAGAUUCACUCUAUGUCGAGGGACAUAGCUGUACCUGAUUCGUUCAGCUUGGACAAUGUUUUUGAUGGUGGACAAGAACUUCCUGCAGCUUCUGAAAGUCGAGGAAACCAACAAUUAGCAGAAUAUGCGUAUCUCUUAGAUGUAUUAGAAGAAGAUCCAUACAACUUCGUCAGUGACUUGAACCUGAGCGAUGUUGAUAAAUACAGUGAAUGGCUGAGGAACACUGUACUUGAAAACAGAAGCGGUCCGGACAGUUUUAUCAGUGACAAUGCAGAUGCAGAAAACUCUCCAGUCGAAAACCGUCGAUAAAAUCAUGAGACUCGUUGCUGAUGCACUCUCCGGCAAUGUGGACAAGAAUCAGAUAGGAAGUAACCAAACUACAAUUAUAUGUUGGGGAAAUGGGAGUUGUAUUAUACAAGGGGAAGACAUACAGAGUUGAGAAUUCUGUUGGAAGCGAAGCCUCUUCGCCGUUCCUUUAAACUGUACAGGACUAGAAAAAUGCAGAAAGCUAGCAUAAUAAACUAUACAUAUUUAGCCGUGUUCACAAGUUUAGCGUAUGGUGAAUUGUGCAGCUCUUCUUUUAUGUUAA